CAGUGCAGUCAGUCUCUGUGCCGUGCCUGGAGCCAGCGCUGAGUGGAGCCUGUCUGCCAGCAGCUUCAGCAGCGGCUCGAUCUGGAUCCCGGCGCACUCGCUGACAAUUCAAGGAGGCCCCCUUUUUUUUUUCCCCCCUUCUUAUUUGCCGCGGAUUAUUGUUCACCAUGGGUGACAAAAAGAGCCCUACCAGGCCAAAAAGACAAGCCAAACAAGCUGACGAUGGCUACUGGGACUGUAGCGUGUGCACCUAUCGGAACACAGCCGAGGCUUUUAAAUGCAGCAUCUGCGAUGUGAGGAAGGGCACAUCAACAAGGAAACCCAGGAUCAACUCCCAGCUGGUGGCCCAGCAGGUGGCCCAGCAGUAUCCGAUGCCGCCCCCGGCUAAAAAAGAGCGACGGGAGCGGAGCGAGCGUGCAGACAGGGAGCGGGCGGACGGCGAAGGCGAGAGCGCCCUCGGGGAGGCUCGCCCCGAAGGCGAGCGUCCUGAAAUAGUGAGGCCCGAGAGGGACACUCCUCCUCCUGACAAGGACAAGAGUGACAAGGAGCAACCCGUCCAAGACAAAGCCGACAGAGAGAAAGACGUCGUCCCGGCCGUCGCCAAGAAGCCCGGCAUUAAAAAGAGCAGGUCAGUGGCGACGGGGGGCCGGAUGGACACCUUUCGCCCGGGGUGGCAGCGUCUCACGUCUUUUCAUCUGUCCUCCCCCAGACCCAAAUCGGACAGCCAUCAGAGUCCACCCAGUGACAAACAAAGUAUACAGUCCGGCAAAUCUGCAAGCAAGACCAACAAGGACAGUCACAUUUCCAGGCCCAAGCUGAAGAACAUCGACCGGAGCACGGCGCAGCAGCUGGCCAUCACCGUGGGCAACGUGACAGUGAUCAUAACAGACUUUAAGGAGAAGAGCCGCUCCUCGUCCACAUCCUCGUCCACCAUCACGUCGAGCGUGGGCUCCGAACAGCAGCAUCAGAGCUCGGGCUCCGAGAGCAUGGACAAAGGCUCGUCGCGCGCCUCCACGCCCAAAGGCGGCGAUCUCUCGGUGGGGCACGACGAGUCCUUCUGAGGGCCCGGCCCGUUCUCCGUCGACCCCGCCCACUCAACCCCCUUUUCAACCCCACGUACUGGACACUAUGGAUCCCAAAGGGGGAGAGACUGGAGCUCCCCCACGGCCAUGCCGCCUCUGUUCUCUGACCAACCUGGAGGCAGCCCGGAUGAAGGCAAUGCAGCGCGCCCAACGCGCAAAUGAAGGCCUCCGGCCGAAGAGGAAAAGGAGCUGCGGACUAUACAGAGUUAACGCCCAAGACGCUUGUAUGUAUUGUUUUAUAUUUGGACGUGGAUGUGAGGCCAAGUCCAUCUUUUUUAUUUUCUUUUUAUUUUCUUUGUUUUGUCAUGAACAUUUCUCCACCAGGCACAAUAACCACCCUUAUUUUGUUAUUAUUAUUUGUACCUUUAUUUAUUACCUGUUGCACCUGUAUACUUUGAUAUUUUCCUUAUGAUGUUGAAGCUUGGCUGCGUAGCUCUGCCGGCCCAUCGUUCCCUCAGUGUUUUUGUUGCCGUUUGAAAUGAUGCCAGACUACACACACACACACACACACACACAUCAACACACACGAAGGUGCUAGAUACACUGUGAAAAAGUUUUGCAGAUCUCCCAGUCACUGUAUGUGAUGAAGAAUCCGAUUGUCACUCCCGUUUCCUCAACAAUCCCGUCUCGCUCUGAACACUGUUAGGACUUUCCUCGUGGCUGCUGUGUGCAUCACAAGUCCAAAUCCUCAAACUGUCAACUCAUAAUCUUCUUCAGUAUUGUGCGUCCUUAACUGUACAGUGUAGGCUGUUGUGUAAAACACUAAAAGCUGUCGCUAUUUGCUCCGUUCUGUUCCGCAAAUGUCGCGUUUCCCGGCUCAAGGUGAAGCGGUGCGCCUCUCAAAUUGGAGUUUUCUGAAGGACGGGUGCUCACGGUCCCUCCGGUGAAACCGUACGGGGCUGUCGAAGACACUUGGAAAUGGCGCGUUUGUCCUGAUAGAAGCCAGUUGCCACUGCAAAUGAGUUUAAUGUCCUCUUUUCAUUUUUGCCAAAUAGUAAUUUAAAGACCACAGUCAUUGGAGGUGAAACUCAAAUCACUAUGGUGCUCUCUUAUUUGCGAACAGCAAGGCUCAUCCAAGGGUCCUUCUCAUUCAUUUCCACUCGUAGCUGAUACCGUAACCACCUAAUUUCCUUUCCAACUGUAUGAAAUUGUAUAAAGAAUAAAUGUGUAUAUGAUAUCUUAGUUUUAUUUAUUGAAGGACCAAAGGAAUUUCAUAUUGACAUGAUACAUAGAUGAAUAACAAUUUGAAAUGCAAUUACUGCAAUUGUUUGAGAUGAAUAACAGUUUAAAUAAAGAAAGACUAAUAUAAUCCAUGUUAAUGGUGUUCUUACUGUGCACGGCACGUCACACUGGACACGUGCAGGUGGUGACGGGCGGGCCGAGUGAACAUUGUAGAUGUGACCCCCCCCCCCUCCCCUCCGCCCAUCAGCACACCACCUCCAUCACAGCAGCAUUUGAGUGCACAACUUCACAUAUGCGUUCUCAUGAGGAUAAUCAGUUUUUGUAACUCGUGUUUUGAUUCUUUUUUUGCUCUUAACAAGUGGUUCAAAUGUAAUCAUGUACUUCGUUGCGUACAAAAAACGCCGUCAGUGUUCAAAGUGGGAAGAAGCCAGGCGACUAAAGUGAGGCUGAAAAUGUUGGAAUUUUUUUUUUUUUUUACUUUACACAAAAGAACCCAACCCAGUUUUGUAACGCAACCUUUCCAAAAUGGGCCUAAAAAGCCAUCGCUUCACUUGCCUUAUCCGCCCGCACCCACCUAGUAGCGCAAGUAAAAAGAUUUGUUAAAUUAUUGACAAAUGGUCAUGUGAUGCAUUGCUUGUACAUACUUUUCAAAUCUGCAAACACUACGAAAUGAAAUGGCGUCGAAGCUUUUGUUCCUAGUUUCCUUUCCGCGCAAGCAUUUCUGUUCUUGUGUGCGACCAGUAACCUUAAUUUACUGUGUAAAGAUGGUUACAUUUUUUUAGCUUUGUUUGUCAGAGAUCCAAAUAUAGAAUGCUUGUUUACUGACUGUAUAUCUUAAACGUGAAUUCCUCCACUCAGUGUAUUAUACAAACUCAUUCCUCCCUAUAAGAUGUCUUGUACAAUGCUUUUGAAAAUGAUUGCUCUGUUGAAAAAGAAAUGUGGGAACAUUUGUAGGACAGUACAAGAAAUAAUCCAUUCUUUGUUUAAUUCUUUACGUUUUCCUGUUUCUUUAACUUUUAGCUGACGUGUCAUUGUUUCUCCUUGUGAAAUGCUCACAUUCUGUUUCUGGUGUGGAAAUGUACGUAGCAUUUUCAGCAGCUCACAGCUUCUUGGUCCAGCUUCUAAUGUUGAAAUAAGACAUGUUCCUGGCAUGUGCACGACUUUGCGCUUAAUGGCUAACCUGAUCAUUUUCCUUCUUGCUUCAAAUAGAAAUGUCUAUUUAUGAAUUUUGCUUGUAGUUUUUCACAAAUAAAAUUGUUGAAGUUAUCUA